CAGGUAACUUUUGGAGCCGGUCUCUGAACAGACAACAAAGCGGUGAGAAUGAUAAAAACUAGUCUGAGAAAAAUCUUGUAGUUGUCACUUAAUAUUCUCACUUUUGAUCAUUUUAAUCAAUAUUGAACGCAAAUGGGAACACUUCUUGUGUUCCCAUAAUCUGUUCAUUCAAGUUAUUUAAAGUUAUAACAAGAUGGAUGAUGCCGAUAGUGCGGUCAGCAGCAGAGCAGGAUCGGCUAACAGUGGUCGGGUGUCAUCAUCCCCUACGCUUAACAACAAUCAUCUGUACAGUAAUAACAAUUCGUCGCCGCUAGUUGCGAAACCAAGAUUAUCUUUCAGUAUUUCAAGACUAUUAGGUGAUGAAAAAAAAAGGAUAUCAGAUGAAAUGGCCUGCUGUCCGACUUUGUUAGCCGAAAUGCCAGCCUUUGACACCGGAACAGUCAUAAGAGUUCCAGCACAUAGGCCCUAUGCUACACCAUUUCCAUGGAUGGGUCCAUUAGUAAAAGACAGACUUCAUGUGCCUUUUUCUCUUCCACCAGGUCUGCCCCCUGUUACACCAAGAAGAAUUGGGCAUCCAUAUCAAAAUCGAACACCACCAAAAAGAAAAAAACCAAGAACUUCUUUUACAAGAAUGCAAAUUUGUGAACUGGAAAAGAGAUUUCAUAAACAAAAAUAUUUAGCGUCCGCUGAAAGAGCAGCAUUGGCCAAGCAACUCAAAAUGACAGAUGCACAAGUCAAAACGUGGUUUCAAAAUCGAAGAACAAAAUGGCGGCGUCAAACUGCGGAAGAAAGAGAAGCGGAACGACAGGCUGCUAACCGACUCAUGAUGUCUCUUCACGCCGAAGUUGUGAGCAAAUCUAUGUAUGAACCUAGUAGAGACCCUUUAUGCUUAAGUAACGCAUCAUUGCACGCACUUCAAAAUCUACAACCAUGGUCAUCGGAAACCGCUGCUGCCGCUGCUGCUGCUGCUGCACAUCAAUCGCCGCCAUAUUUACAACCGCCAAACACCUCUCUUACUGCCCCUAUAUGUUGAAUCAAUGGAUCAUUUUAAAACAAAUAAAUAGAAUAAAAUCUUUA